CUGAUGGCACUUGGCAGCGCCACCUACGUGCAUUCUUCACGUCCUGCUAUCCUCAUCUUCACUGUUGAAAGUCUUGCAAUAUUGUCUCAUUUGUUGGUAUUGAAUAGUUGAGAAGUUGUUCAAUUAAAUAGAAAAAAAUAUAAUUAUACAAAACCGCAGUGCAAACGCCUCAUUCUCACUCUCGCGAGAAGUAAGUACCUGCGUUAUCUUUUACUUUUCAAUUCUCCAUCCACUGUGCGUGGAUUUAGGUAGGUGCUUUUGACGGAUCGAUUUUCACAACAGUGUAAAUUAAAAGGAUUUAGCUAAUACAUACAACCUCAAUUGUGCCUUCGAUUUUAGUUUGUCUUAUUUAUCGGGAGACGCGGGCGGUUCCCCGUGUAGCGGCACUGUUCCCAUAGCAACUCCACUGUAAACAGUACGUAUGGGAGGCAAACUCUCAGACGAUAUUUGCGAUUUGGUUCGAACUCACAUAGGCCAAAAUACGAGGCAGCAAUGUCUAAAAAACGUCCGGAGAAACCCAAAGACAGGUCAGAAAAGGCGAUCGCUGUAGUGGAAGACCUUCCGCCGACUAUAAUCACAAGAGUGAAUGAAAAAUGUGCUAGUCAUGCUAUUGAGGACUACCAGUGCUCUGGCAACCUUCACGUUGAUCUCCCGGAACUGUGCCUUCUCCUGGGCAUGAAGGAGAUUCCAGUUGUUACUCAGAGACCCGCAGCAUCCUCAAGCUCGGCUACGGAUGGAGAGAACAUCGAGCACGACAACUCAGAGGCGGAAAAACAACGGUUGUACUCCAAUCCUUGCGUCCUAGUGGUCUUAGAGAAUGAAGAACCCCUAAACCUCAAGAGCAUUAAGAUAUCUGGAUGGAAGGUAGAUAUGUUGGUGGCCCGGGUGCUUUGCAAGAUUCUUCCUUCUUUGAGCAACCUGCUUAGCCUUCACUUGUGGCAAACCCGACUGUCAGAUAAGAUGGUAAUUUCUCUCAACAACACGUUCCCUCUGUGUUCCAACCUGAGGACUGUCAUACUGGAGGGCAAUCCUCUUCCAGAACAAAGUUACCACCUGCUAAUGUCUAAAGACAGCGUCCUCACUCACCUGUCGCUUAGAAACAACCGCAUCGGAGAGGAGGGAGCUCGCCUGAUUGGCUCGGCUCUCUCAACGACCACAUCGGCCAAUAGGAACCUUGUGAUUCUCAACCUGGCGUUCAACUCUAUCGGUGAUGCAGGCGCCACACACAUAGCCCAGGGCCUGCGUUUCAACCGGGGCCUGCUCUGUCUCUCUCUCGGCAACAACAAGAUAGGCGACGCAGGGGCGGCUCACCUGGCCAAAGUGCUUGGUCCGUUUGCUCUAACCCAAGAGGAGAUUGUGGAGCGGAGACAUCAGCUGCUGGAUCGAGAACAGAAUUCAUCAGAGCACUCUCCUCCUACAGAAAGCUCUCUGGGUACACCGAGCAGCUCCUCCCUGAACACCAACCUCAACAAAUCAAUGAGCAAAAGCAGUGUAAAAAGAAAGGAACCGCCUAAAAAAGAGGAAAAAACAGCCGUGACCAAGAAAGACGAUCCCAAACUGAUCAAGAAAGCCUCUGAACUCAAGGUGCAACGUGGGAAAGCAGGCAAGCCUGGAGCCAAAGACAAAAACCCAUCGGUUGGUGAUCCAGAGGAUAAGCCAGGCGGUCUAAAUGAGCUGCUUGACCACCAGGGAGAGCCGUUAGAGAGCCCCCUGCUGGAGACAACAGUGCAGGGCAGAGACGGCCAAGUCCUGCUGCCUGGGAACACUGCUCUCUGUUACUUAAACCUGUCAGGGAACAAGAUAUCCGAGCAGUCGCUGCCUUUGUUCCUGUCAUCUCUGCAAAAGCAGCCCGAGGGGGGGGGGCUCCGACGACUGAGCCUUCAGAGAAACAGUUUCUGUCCAGACUUUGAAGACUUUGUGAAGAUUCAGGAGCUAAUGGCGCUGCGAGAUCCACUCAACAAAACUACUGCCCCACAGCCAGAGCAGGAGGGCCAGGGGGAUUAGGAAAAAUAUGAAAUGGCUAACUCUACAGAGUAUCCUAGGUAGUAAUGUGAUCCUGUGAAUAAUGUGAAUUAUUUUCAUUAAAUGUAUUUGAUUGCAUAUUUUUGAAUCCUUGUUUUAAUCAUAGAAGACACCAUUUAAUUAAAUAAAUACAUAUUUUUAUAUUUUGCCAGGGAAACUAUUCUUUAGAAUGUAUGUGUGUUGGUUGUAUUUAAAUAGACAAUGUUACUAUAAAAAAUAAUAUAGAUUAUUUUCUACUUGACAUUACUUUUCUAUUUGAAAUGGAUUUUGGUCGAUUAUUUAUUUUACACAACAGUAAUUAGCAUAUAUUUAUUAGACCCGAGCUGCAUUCAGAGUCGCGGUUUCAAAAUUAACUCUCUUGACGCACAGUUUUUAUUAGGAAAAUAAACGAUGGAAACAAAAA